GGUUAGGCCCAAGCUUAACUUACAGUUACUACUUACUUUGACAUUAAAUUUGAAGAAAACUAACAGUGUGUGAACCUACGUUACAUAUAAUAACAAUUUACUUAACUAUUUUUGUCUGAAAAAGUUUAUUUGUUUCCAAAAGUUAUACAUUUUAAACUAGGUCUUGUCCUAAGAUGUCUUGCUUCGCCUCAAACGUUUUAAGCCGGCAAUUAAUAGCAAUCCAAAAAAGAAGCUUAGUAAGAGUACUUAAUAAUUUCGGCUACCGGAAUUUAUAUUCGCCGGCUGCCCUAGGAAUGGAUGGAUAUUUAAGAACGAGGGAGCGCAUCCACACUCAAUUCAGUGAAAUGGGUGAAAGAUUUAGGAAAAAGAUGAGGGAGUUUGUUGCUCCAGAAUCCGUAAACAUGGUCUUUACUGAAGACCUUAAACACAUGGUGCAUUUAGCUGAAGCUACAGAAGAAGACAUGGAACUUAUAGAGCAGAUGAUUAUUAAGUUCAACAGUCAAAACAAAGAUCUUCGGUUUGGCUCGUUUGUUUUUGGACCCGUCAUAAUGAGGAUGUACCAUACCCUGAACAAACCCAAAGAAGCGCUAAAGAUCUUCAAAAACCCUGAUGUUGAUGGUUUCUUCGACCAAAUAGCUUCAUUCCAAAUAUUGAUGGAUUUGCUGUACAACAAUGAAAUGUACGAUGAAGUCAUGGAAGUGAUGGAUAUUGUCAAAAACAAACAACUGCCGGGCAACAGGUAUCCAAGAAAUGUAGUGGUAUUGACUUUUGCGGCAGCGUACAAAAAGAAUACACCAGAAUCCUUCCAGUUUAUGAAGGAGUUUUGGGCAGAACUGCAAGAGGCGGGCCACAUGGCUAUGCGUAGAGCUGUGACGUACUCUGCCGCACUCGCCAUCAAUCAGGGAGCGCCACACAUUGCGCUGGAGCUGCUCUCUAGCUUGUCACGGCAAACCUACGUCACCAUCCGGAACCUUAAGGUUUCAGCCCUAGCUGAUGUCAACAGACCAGACGACGCUUUGCCAGUGUUGAGGAGUGUACUGGAGGAAGACGCCACUAGAGAAAACAACAAAAACACGUUUUGUAGCGAUGUGAUAGAGAAGGUGAAAGCUGCUGUCGAUAAGAGUGAGAAAAAAGAAGUUCAGCAAGAGUUUGAUAGAAUACUUCAACAGUUGAUUCAAAUGGAUCUCAUAGUUGAUUCGACGUUGGACUCCCAGCUGUGUUCGGAGAUAGAGAAGGUUACACCUUACCCUCCUCCUAACCAACAAUUCAGCCAACGCAUGGCUGCGGCCAAGUUCUCAGGGAGGGAGAGGGACAGAUCUAGAGGCUUCUCCAACGCUCCUCGCCGUGGGUUGAUGGACAUGGAGUAACAAUUUGUCUAGUUUUAGUGGUUUGUUAUUUAGAUAUGUAUUACAAUUAUAUAUUCAAAUUGUAA